AACAUCGCAUGUCUCGCCACCGCAGUGUCGUUAAAUACAACGAGAUGUACGCACCGAUGCCCCUGACGCACUACCUCCCCCCACAAAUCCGCUCCCAUGCCUGAGAAGUCGAAGAAGAACGUCGUGAUCCUCGGCGGCGGCUGGGCGGGCACGCUCAUCGCACGCCAGUUGUCCGGCAAGCUCGACCCUGCGGAAUACAGCAUCGUGCUCGUCAACGACAGGCCAUUCUUCAUCCACCUCAUUGCUGCCGCGCGCCUUACCGUCACAUCGGAGGACAAGCUCGACCCUCGCGAGGACUCGUCGCUCGUCCCAUUCGACAAGCUCUUCCUCAAAGGGAACGGGACCACGAAAAUCGGAAGGGUCGCGUCGAUCGUCGAGGAGGAGCCGGGGAAGGGCGGAGAGGUCGUGCUGAAGGACGGGGAGAGGAUCCCGUACGCGGCGCUUGUCGUUGCGACAGGGAACUCGUGGGCGGGGCCAAUCAACUUCCCCGAGACGGAGGCAGACGUGCGCGCACACAUCAACUCGUGGCGGAAUAGGUACGAGAAGGCAUCCCAUGUCGUGAUUAUUGGCGGCGGGCCGCUUGGUCUUGAGACUGCUGGGGAGGUCAUAGACACAUGGCCGCAUAAGAAGGUCACCGUCAUCCACCACCGUGAGCAGCUGAUCAACGACACAUGGCCGGAGAAGUUCCGGAAGAACCUCGAGCGGCGCUGGGGUCUACGCGGAGUCAACUUCAUCCUUGGGGACGGGUUGGACGUCCCACCAGAAGGGACGAUUGGCGUGACCACAUACAAGGGAAGGCAUAUCCCCGACGCUGAUCUUGUUAUCCAGGCCUACGGAUCGCGUCCUAAUUCCGGUUUCCUGAAGACGUUUGACGAAGAUGUCCUCACAUCGUACGGCGCUGUUCGCGUCGACGAGCACCUCGAGCUUCCUGGUCAUCCAGGCGUCUUCGCAGCAGGCGAUAUUACCGACAUCAAAGAGACGAAGCAAGCGUCGAAGGCGCAUAGGCAUGUUCCUAUCGUUGUAGAGAACGUUAUCAGCUUCCUGCAGGGAAUGCCAUCCAGGCGGGCGUACAAAGGCCUCCCUGAGGCCCUUGUCAUCACCUUGGGCAAGAAUGGCGGCUCGGGGUACUACGACAUCCUCUGGGGCGUCCUUGUCGGAAACUUCUUGGUGAAGUGGCUUCUGGCGAGGACCUUGCAUGUGAAGAAGUCCCGUGCUAUGCGGGGAUACUGAUCAGGCGACACAGCCUCCUGCUAGACGUAUUCCUUCGUUGUUUUGGGGUUAUUGACAGUUCGUUUUCUGACAUAUACUUUCUCUCUUCUUCUACUUGUAAUAUCAGUCAUUCACGAGCCCGUCGUCCUGGGCCGCACGAUGCAUAUGCGUACUCGGGUUUACCGUAUACGUAGUUUCCAUCGAUCUUUUGCGAUGAAUCUCUUUCAGC